AUGCCAUUCUCCAGGGAGACACCGGCAUCAAAUUUGACCUCGACACUCUAUCAGAUACUGAUGGCAUUGAAAUUGGACCCAAACAUAACGUCGGAUAUUCUUUCUUUAGCACCGGAGGAUCAGCUGCACUUCAUCGAAUCGUUGAAUCUAAACUCAGACGUGCAGUCAGUUGACCUGGAAGACCAAAGAUUGCUUAUUCCUGAAUACAGGAUUAACAAAGCCAUUGGCCUCUACCUUCCUCCAUUUCUGCUACUGAUGGGAACGUUUGGGCAUGUCAUGACAUUUCUCAUUUUUAGAAAUAAAGCCAUGAAAAGGCAAUCCACGAAUUUAUUCUUGGCAGCUCUCGCGAUCGCAGACUCCAUAGUUUUGUUUGUUGGCUUGUUGCGACGAUGGCUUGAUAUUUUAUUGGAAAUGGAUAUUCAGAGCGAGUCAGACUGGCUAUGCAAGACAGUGUCGGUUCUUGGUUAUAGUAGCAGCCAGUUUUCUGUGUGGCUUAUCAUCGCAGUUACGAUUGAACGCUAUCUGGUGGUAAGCCAUCCUCUACACACUUCACGUUACUGCAACCUUACACGCGCAAAACGCAUCAUAUGUUUAAUCGCUUUGUUGAUCGUGGCCAUUAACUUUCAUCUUUUGUUCACAGUAUCUGUGCAGGAACACGAACAUGGGUUAAAAUCAUGUCACUCAGCGCCGCAAUUCAAUGUACUAGUAACAAUUGUUUGGCCAUGGAUAGACGCUUCACUUUAUGCGCUGUUACCGUUUUUGCUCAUUGUUAUAUUUAAUACUCUGAUUAUUACACAAACAUUGAAAGCGACGAUCUGGCGUGCGGCACAAAACGGAUUGCUUAUAAAUACUGCAGAUAAAAGAAAGGUGUUUAAAGACAAUAACAUAAAAUUAACCGUGAUGCUUUUGUCGGUGUCUUUUACAUUUCUAAUUACGACAUUUCCAAUGGCAAUUGUAAUGGUUUUUAAUAGUGAAUGGAGUAGGGAUAUCGAAAACGUGCCGUUAAGUGUUAUAGCACAGCGACAGUUGUUAAGGACCUCAGCUGAGAUGUUGAUGUUUCUGAAUCACUCUGUCAACUUUUAUUUAUACUGUGCUCUUGGACAGAAAUUCAGAAACCAGGUUUUGAAAACGUUGUGUCGAAGGACUGUUUCAACAGGCUCAAACAUAUCAGACCAUAGCCAACAUCUAUAUUGCUCGCGAGUGAAAGGCUUUCACAAUCACAACAAGUCCACGUGUUUUGAAGAGACAACCUUAUGA